ACAUAAAUAUAUUUUUGGUAACGAAUGCGUAGUUACCUACCAAAGAGCAAAAUGAAUUUACUUAAUUGAGGAAUUGUACAGGAGUACCUGUCAUCGAAUUUAGACACCAAAAAAACAUAGUUACAAAACUAACGGUGUCGGUGAUCCCCAAUUAUCUCCGAUAAAGCAAGCUACAAACAAAUCAGAAUCCGAUUUGAGAACGGUCGGAUCGGACCCGAAUGGCGGCGUCGAGGCGGCUACGGGAUUUGCAAUCGCAAGCGGGGAACAAGGUCUGCGUGGACUGUUCGCAGAAGAAUCCGCAAUGGGCGUCGGUGUCGUACGGCGUGUUCAUGUGCCUAGAGUGCUCCGGCAAGCACCGCGGCCUCGGCGUCCACAUCUCCUUCGUCCGAUCCGUCACCAUGGACUCCUGGUCCGAGAUCCAGAUCAAGAAAAUGGAGUCCGGCGGCAACGAGCAGCUCAACUCGUUCUUCGCGCAGUACGGGAUCGCUAAAGAGACCGAUAUCGUGACCAAGUACAACACCAACGCCGCCAGCGUUUACAGGGACCGAAUCCAGGCCCUGGCCGAAGGGAAACCCUGGCGGGACCCGCCGGUCGUGAAGGAGAGCACCGGAUUCGGCAAAUCGAAGCCGCCGUUGAGCGGCGGCAGGAACGGUAGUUAUGGGAGCAAUGGAGGCGGAGGCGGAGGCGGAGGAGGAGGGUGGGAUAGUUGGGAUACCGACGAUGGAUUUAGAUCUUCUAGCGAUAUGAGGAGAAACCAGUCGACGGGCGAUGUUAGAGGCGCCGGAGGCAUUGGCGGUGGGCCCGUGAGAUCGAAAUCGACCGAGGAUAUCUACACGCGGGCGCAGUUGGAGGCGUCAGCGGCCAAUAAGGAGACUUUCUUUGCGCGAAAGCGGGCCGAGAACGAGUCCCGCCCCGACGGGCUUCCGCCGUCGCAAGGCGGCAAGUAUGUCGGGUUUGGAUCCACACCUCUGCCUUCUUCCCAGAGGAAUGACGCUCAGGGAGAUGUCUUUUCCGUUGUUUCUCAGGGGUUUGGUAAGCUAUCUUUGGCUGCUGCUGCCGCGGCGCAGUCGGCUGCCACCGUUGUCCAAGCUGGUACAAAAGAGAUCUCUACUAAGGUGAAGGAUGGCGGUUAUGAUCACAAGGUAAAUGAAACUGUAACUGUUGUCACUGCAAAGACAUCAGAGAUUGGACAGAAGACAUGGGGGAUCAUGAAGGGGGUCAUGGCAAUGGCUUCUCAGAAGGUUGAAGAGUACACUAAAGAAGGCAUUAACUGGAAGACUGAUAACUGGCAACGAAAUGAUAGUGAGACGAAUGGAUAUUAUCAAGAGUUUAAACAGGAGAACAAAGGAUGGAAUUCUUCACCUGGAGGAGGGCAGUCGUCAUCAACUGGGCACAAUUCUUACAGUUCAAGUUCUUGGGAUGAUUGGGACAGCAAAGACAAUAGGAAGGAAGAAUCAACGAAGGGAGCAGCAUCUCAUAACAGUGAUGGUUGGGCUGGCUGGGAUGAUGCCAAAGAUGAUGGAUUUGAUAAUUUCUACCAGAGUGCCUCAGAUAAGAAAGCUGUUGGUCACAAUGGGAAACCAGAUUCAACUUGGACGGGGGGAGGAUUUCUCUAAGGUGGAAUCAUCUCACAAUUUUACCAAAUUCUCGGUUUACCCGUAUACGGUGGACAAAAAUUAUAGUAGUGUUCAAACUAGUGACUGGUAAGGGAAAUUCCAAAGAUGAUGAAUAUGAAAAUUAGAAUUCAGCUGAUGGAAAAUUGGUUGUGAUUGGGUCAUAUCCCAUGUGGAUAGGUGAUAUGCUUUUCCAAGGUUAGCAUAUUUCAGCAAGUCUCUUCUAUUUUCUUUUUAUGUUCUAAAUCUUUUAAAAGUUUUAUGUUAUUUCUGGGGGACAUCUUGUCUGUUUGAGAAUAGUUUAUAUCUGUACAACUGUAUUCAGGAAAGGGUAAUUGCCCAUUCAAAAGAGGACUGCUGUCUGUGUGUGAAGAAACAUUAUUUGUUGACUUGAAAGUCCAAAGUUGCUUUUGAUUUGUAAUGACUAAUUGUUCCCUCAA